CGUCGGCGGCACACACAGUCGUCGGUUUCGCUCGCGCUCGCGUUUCGCGCGCGGCUUUAUAAUGUCAGCUUGAAAAACGUCGGCUCGAGCGCGCCGCACAUUGCGUAUAUCAUAACACCGUGCGGUCUUUUUUUUUUAUUUUCUCUGUUUCUUCUCGUCGAAGGACGCGAUUACGAUUGGGAUUUAAUAUAUGUAGUUUGAAGUUGGUUUGUGAAGGAAGUAUUGCAGGAGCUGUGCAACCUUGACUGCAUUGAAAAAGGUAUAAAAUAUAUAAAUCGAUAGAAUUAUUUAAGUCGUGUUGCUCUGCGUGCGUCAUUCUCGCUCUGGCAGUCAUGCUCCAAGGAAGCUUACCGCUGCAAGUAUCGUCUUCUUCGAUCUGCGCUUCUCUUCAUUUUCCUAUGCUUGUUUUUUUCCCCGUUCCUUCUCUCGUGCGUGACGCGUGUGCGCGAGGGGGAUAAUCGCGCUGCUCCACUACACCUCUAGAAGCUCGAGCAAGCGCAACUGAUAAAAAUAAUAAAAUAUCCAACGAUUUGGUGGGCAGUUUCUCGAUUGCUGGCGCUUCUGGGACUGCUGCUACGGCUGGCCGGAGUCGUCGCCGCAGGUGCUGCUGACGACCUACGAGUUUCUGCUGCUGCUGCUCGUCGGAGCCUGCUGCGUCCUGGGCAGGAUGUCGCUGCUCGGCGACGUCGAUCCCUUCAGCGAGACCCCCCUGGAGACCGACAUCACCCACGGCGAUUUAACAAUAAAAUACAAUUUGAGAGGUUUGUUGGAAGAUGUCGAUGAUAAACCAGACACUGAUUUACCCAAGCAAUCACCGUACGCGUCACCUUUAUUACCAGAAGAAGUUAGAUGGCUUUACAGAGAUGACAUAAACAAAAUUUGGAUAGAAUUUUGUGGAUAUGACAGUUUGCGAAUCGAAAACUCGUGGAGAGAAAUCCAGAGCAGAAGUAGUGAAAACGGAAACAACAGUGAUAAUUUUGUUAACAAUGUGAAAAUUGUUGUUCGAGGUGGAAUGUAUGAAGUUGACUUGGAACAAAAGAAGUGUGUCUCAAUAUACUGGCCAGGGGAAGAGUGGGAAAUCACCAGAGGAACAUGGUUUUAUAGUGGGAGCUGGAUUCCUUUAGAUUCAGAAUAUUCAGAUGAAAUAGAAAAAGCUCACUUAAGAUUGUUUGAAAAACAAGCGCUUACUCAAUCAAGUUCUACUCCAGAAUUUGGAACACCAUCUCAUUCAUAUAAAAUACUCCACACUGUGCACUUUCCUCAACACCAUAUAGACUGGCAUGCAAUAAAUGAUGUAGUAAUUUACAGUGAAUAUACACCAAGUAAAUUAAUGCGCAGUGUAACAUCAAAAUUUGGUUUUGCAAAAAGUACUGGCUACAGACUAUUAAGAGGGUAUAAGGAACCAGCCUCCAUGGAUGACAAACAAGAUGAUAUUGAUCACUUGGUAUUUGUUGUUCAUGGAAUUGGUCAAAAAAGAGAUACAGGGAAGAUUAUCCGUAAUACCUCUAUGUUCAGAGAGUGCGUUGAUAAAAUGCAGCAAAAGUAUUUUCCCAGUUCUUUGCAUCGAGUAGAAUUUUUUCCUGUUGAAUGGAGAUCAUCUUUGAAACUUGAUGGAGAUAUUGUUGAUGCCAUUACUCCAUACAGUGUAUUGGGAAUACGAACACUUCUAAAUACAUCUGCUAUGGAUAUAUUGUACUAUACAAGUCCUCUUUAUGGAGGAGAAGUAAGAGCUGGACUUCAAAGAGAACUGAAUAAACUAUAUUACGAAUUUACAAAAAGGCACCCUGGAUGGCAAGGAAAAGUUUCCAUUUUAGCACAUUCAUUGGGAUGUGUAAUUGUAUAUGAUAUUGUAACUGGAUGGGUUGGCUUUGAAACUAGACCACCAGGGUCACCUGAAAGAUCUUCAGAAGGUCUACAUUUUCCUAUUGAAAACUUAUUUUGUAUGGGUUCUCCUUUAUCCGUAUUUUUGGCUUUACGCACUCGUACGCCGUCCAAUAGAUUAGAUUAUGUGCCAGAAUAUUUAUGCAAACGUUUUUAUAAUAUAUUUCAUUGGUCGGAUCCUGUGGCAUACAGAAUGGAACCAUUAUUAGAAAGAGGGUAUAGUAAAGUAGAACCGGUCUUGAUUUCCCCUCACGGAGGAGUUGACUCGCAAAUUGAAUCUGCUGAGAGCCAACCAUCUUCAUUGCUAACAAAUAAUGACGAUCCUAGUAAUCCAUUAUCAGACACAGAUGAUAAAGAAGACAACAGCCCUGGUGAUACACCAAGUAAAGGAUGGAGUUUAUGGAAUAUAGUAAGAGCUGGCUGGACUGUAAAAGAAGGCUCGUCACCGACACCUGACAAUCCACCUAUUCAGCCUGAUCAAGAAUUAUCUCAACGAUUAGAUUAUGUGUUACAAGCUGUAGGCAUUGGCAGAAACUAUUUAUAUAGUGUGACAGCUCAUACAGCAUAUUGGUCUAACUGCGAUGUGGCCUACUUUGUUCUAACAAGGAUUUUUCCAUCAUUGGAAACUUGAUGUAAGCAUGUGAUAAUUGUUGAAAAAUUUCGUCAAGCCAUGUUGGAAGUUACUAGUCUAACGAAAGCCUUGUUGGCCUAAUCUUGUAAAUAAGGGCUGCCACCAAAACUAAUCUGUGAUAAUGCCUAAACGAUACAAUAAUAGAGAAAAAUAAAAUUUUUCACUUUUUUGUUGUAGUUUAUGCGAAAAAUAAUUAAUUUCUAUUUGUUGACCCACGAAUCUUUUACAAUUAUGGCGAAUAAACAAGUAAAAUAUUCCAUUUACUACUAAGAAUUUUGUUUAUUCUGUUUAUUGUUAAAUUUAUAACUACAUUGUAAAAUGAUUUAUGGUAAAAAUAAUAGUACAUUUUAAGGAAUUGAAAACAGUUUAUUGAUUAAUAACUUUGAGAAGUUUUUGAUAAAUUGUAUAGAACAUUAACACAAUUAAAAAAGCUUGAACUCAACUUAAAAAGUGAGUAUAAAAAGAUAUAAUUACAUCUUUUAAUUAACACCAAAAAUUAAAUAAUCUCAUUCCUGUAAUUGUGGAACAUAAAAAUUGGUAAAUUCAUUUAAUACGUUUUUUAUAUUACAAUAUUUUGUAUGCUGUUUGACAGAAAUUUCAAAGACUUUAAAAUCAUAUCCAUGCAUAAUAAGUUUCAUAAAAUGAUCAUUAUGAUUUACUCAAAUAUUCAGAAAUAUUAAACGUCAAAUUUUAAUAAUUAAGUUUCGAAACCAUAAAUUUAAGUAUUUUUCGGAAAGUAGACAUAACAUUGUUUUAAUGCCAAAAUUUCAGAAUGAAAAAGAAAUAUGUCAAGACGUGCUAAAUGUUAGAAUAAGAUUUUGAUUGCAUUAUAAUAAUACUAUUUUGAAUUAUAUAUGGUCAAUGUUUGAUACUUUUCUAAUUAAUUCAAAUGAUAUAAGUAUGUUGCAAUGAUAAAUUUGAGUAUAAAUACAUGUAUAAAUUUCCAUAUAUCUAUAAUGUGUAAUGAGUAAAUUUUUAAUAAGGAAUGUGUUAAAGUGAGUUAUGUUCAUUAUUGCUGUUAAAAUAUUUCUGCGUAGUUAGAUAUGGGAUAAAUUGUAAAUGUUAAAUUUUGAAAAUGUUUACUAAAUUAUUAAUAACACAAAAAUGAUAACAUAUAUUUCUGAUGAUUUAUGAAAAAAUUAUGAAUUCAUGAAUGUUAUUCUCGUUGUAAGUUUCUUUAUUGAUUUGGUUUAAAUUUAAAUAUAAUAUUAUAUUUUUGUUAAAAAAUGAUUGUGGAGCAUAUGGUAUUAACAAAACAACUAACUUAUGUUUCUUAUUGUCUUAUUUUCAAUUUAUUAUAAAAAAUGUGACGUGUUAUGUGAAUGUUACUAAUGUAGGAAUUUUUAAUUUUAUAUUGUUAAUAAAAAUGUAUGCAUUAGGUAUGCAAGUAUUAAUUUGAAA